GUGCUGCACUGCAAGUUAAAAUUUUUUGAAAAAUCGAAGAAAUUAAUCACUCAUACGAAAAACUGAUGGAAAUUCUUUGUACAUAAGUGACAGUUUUUGUGCAUAAGCGAUUUUAUUAUAUAAACACAGUGAAUUGCUUAAGUUUAGGAUCAAAAAUUACGUGUAUAGUUUUCGCUUUCGUCGCACUGCCGAGCGCAGUUUUCUUUCCAGUCGCAAAUCCAGGUUAUGUUGGCGCGUUUUUGUUUUUGUGCUGAAACUUUACAGCUACUGAGUCUAUUUACGAAACGAGAAGUUUAAGAUCCACGGUAGUUUUUAGUUUUAAAAAUGUUUGGCGCUAAGCCAACUGGAUUCGGACAAGCAAGCACGGCCGGCGGGUUUGGAACAUUCGGAACAAAUACGGCAACCGCUAGCCCUUUCGGUCAAACCAACACGUUCGGGAAACCUGCAACCGCAGGAGCUUUCGGUGCGACCCCAGCUUUUGGACAAAAUGCGAAUACUUCUUUAUUUGGCCAAACGCAGCCAGCGACUGGACUGUUCGGAGCUAGCACCAGUGCUGCGCCUGCUUUCGGAGCUCCUGCGACAACCCAAUCAGGGUUUGGAACUUUCGGCCAACCCCAACAACAACCAACAUCUUUAUUUGGAACACAAAAUAACACCACUGCUAAUACUUCGCUAUUUGGUACUAACAAUAACAACUCGGCUUUCGGAGCAGCAAAGCCUGCCGGGUUUGGGGGAUUUGGUCAAACUGCACCACAAGCUUCUUUGUUCGGACAAGCCAGUACUAGUCAGACUACAACAGGAGGAUUUUUUGGACAGAAUGCUCAAAGCGGAGGUUUGUUUGGUGCGCCGAAAACUGCUUUUGGCGCGACAGCCCCAGUUGGUGCUGGCAAUGGAACCGCGGUGGUUAAAUACCAGCAAACUCCGUCGACGGAUACUCUUGUCAAAAAUGGACAGACAAAUACAGUUCAAACAAAGCAGCACUGCAUAACUUUCAUGAAAGAAUAUGAAAAUAAGUCCGUUGAAGAACUUCGCUAUGAGGAUUACGCAGCGAACCGGAAAGGUCCACAAGCGGGAUCAGCCCCAGGAGGAUUUUUCGGUGCAACAACUGUCGCAACACCGUUUGGUGCAACUGCGACGCAACCUCAGUCGUUGUUUGGACAGGCUACAACAUCUCAACCUAGCACAGGAUUGUUCGGUACUACAACUAAUACUUUUGGACAAACAACUGCUCCUGCCUUCGGAGCUAACCAAAAUACUGGAUUUGCAAAACCGUUCGGAAGUGCCACCACUAGCAGUGGAUUUGGCUUUGGACAAACUAAUACCAAUACAAUUGGUGGAUUAGGAGCAAACAAGCCAGCCUUUGGUGCCACCACUGGUCUAUUUGGUCAAUCUGCCGCUCCAGCUGCGAAUACAUUUGGGCAACCGUCUACUUUCGGCGGAUUUGGAACGCAGAAUCAACCACAGCAAGCUGGAAGUUUGUUUUCGGGGACUGCAACUAGCACUGCCCCGGGUACGAGUGCAUUCGGUGGCUUGGGUACUCAGACAACACAAACUGGCUUUGGAUUCGGCUCGAACACUUCCACAAUUAGCGCUGGAGGAGGAUUGUUUGGUGCGAAACCGGCAACCAAUACUUUCGGAACAUUAGGUAGUAGUUUUGGACAGAACACGACCUCGACGGCGCCAGCGUUUGGUGGAUUUGGGACGAACACAAGUACAGCAGGAUCGCUAUUCGCUAAUUCCUUCAACAAGCCAGCAGCUCCGGCAUUUGGUUUAAAUACAGCCACAUCAACGAGUACAUUUGGAGGCGGAUUGAACUUUGGUACUGGAUCCGGUUCGCUUUUCGGCAAUACUGCCAACAAGCCUGGAACACUUGGAGCUGGUGGUGGACUGUUUGGAAACACAUCUACUCUUGGAGGAGGUACGGGUGCUUUCGGAACUCUAGGUACCAACAGCUUCGUUACAGGUCUAGGGACGAACACAGGCUUGGGUAAUCUUGGUCAGCCUGCCCAGACAGCAGUACCAAUUCAUCAACAGAUUCUAGCCAUGGUUACAUCUCCGUAUGGUGAUAAUCCUAUCUUCAAAAAUAUCAAACCGCUUGCAGGAGCGACUGAGGAUUCGCUGAAACCAACCAACCCGUCUGCACAGAAAGCUAUUCUUGAAGGGUCCAAUCAGCAAUUUAAAGUGUCGCCAAAAGUUACCGGAAAUGGUGUCAAAGUGAAGCCAGUCGGGUCGGCAACGUUAUCGAAAAAAUCGCUUUUCGAAGGUUUAGAAGAAUACGACAGCACAUUAGAAGAGUCGUUUACACUUAAACCGAACGCGAAACGCUUGAUCAUAAAGCCUAAAUCUACCACUCCAACAAUCACUAUCCAAAAUCGUACAUCCCUGGCUCCUGCUAACAACCAAUCUAAAGAAGAUGCAACAAGGAGAGAAUCUUUCCAAAACCAGAUACCGGUAGAAGCUCAAAAUGGUUCCAACAGCCAAGACACAAGCCGUCGCGUAUCGUGGUUACAGUCAAACGCCCUGGACAAAGUUCGUCAGAUUAAUCGCAUGUCCGAUUCGGUACUGGACAGCACGAUUAAAGAGUUUGCCCCGGUUGGCGGGUUGCAACCAUCCUCUACUGCGUUAGCCAACAAGGAAGCUUCGGCAGUUGAUUCGUCUGGAAGCUCGCCUGCAGCAGUUGCUGCCAUACCCAGCGCCCAGGACGGCGCACAAUCUGCGGUUGUGCCACAGGAAAACACAAAUUCGCCAAUCAAUAUCAACGACUCGUCACUGAUGUCAUCGUCCAAUCGUUCCUUCCUUAACGAAACCGUUAGUGCUAGUGGUGUCGGCGAUGUGUCGGUAGUUUCCGGAAAUGAAACUUUAGAGGAUGCCGAACCGCAUCCGACAGGAAUAGUUCUGCGCAGACCGGGGUACUACACAAUUCCCUCGUUGGACGAUAUUCUGCAGUUGAUGGAUGAGGAAGGUCAAUGUGUGGUGCCCAACUUCACCAUUGGUCGCAAGGGCUAUGGAAACGUAUAUUUCAACGAGCCGAUCGACGUAGCCAACCUAAAUCUGGACGAGAUCGUGCAUUUUCGGCAUAAGGAGGUUAUUAUCUAUCCAGACGAUGAAAAUAAACCGCCGGUGGGCGAAGGUCUGAAUCGUAAGGCUCAAAUAACUCUAGACCAGGUUUGGCCCCAUGACAAAGCGCUGCAUGAACCGAUCAAAGAUCCGCAUCGGUUGGCACUGAUGGAUUACGAAGGAAAAUUGCGCAGGGUUUGCGACAAGCAUGAUACGCGCUUCCUGGAGUACAGACCGGAUACUGGCAGCUGGGUAUUCAAGGUGGAUCACUUUUCUAAAUACGGAUUAAGUGAUAGUGAUGAAGAUGAAACACCGGGUGAUCCGAAGAAGGUGAAAAUGAUGGCUGCCAGCGAGCUAAAACAGCAACCAAAGGAAACUGGAGCCUUACCGAAACAGCCAAAAGGAUCUAGCUUGAUAAAUCGUGAUAAAUCUUCAAUGCAACAAAAAGAUUUCGAUUUUCCGCUCAUGAAUAACGAUAGUAUGGCACCGACAAGUCCCACUGCCGCGUUAGCCUUGGGAAUGGGAACCGACUCACAUAAACUGCAACUCAUGAAGGCAUCCUUCUUUGUGGAGGAUGAUUUUGACCGCCGGUCAGUACUGUCGGAAAUCACCGAUGGAGGGCGAGACAGUCCAGAUCAAACUGUUCCCAAUAAGCCUUUCAUAGGACUUGGUCGAACUCUGACUAGCAGUCUAUAUCUGAGAAAAGCUGAAUCGCCCACAAUAUUGGAGGACGAUUGCAUGCAACUAGACGAAUUCGAUCAACCAGCGCCAAUUUUCACAACUUCGACCAGCAAAAAUUUACAUGAACAAAUGUACCAAGCACGGAGAAAAGAUACUGCAACUGAAAUCCCAAGGCCAAUCGGUCCACGAUCAUUACCGUUGAUCCUCAAACCGCGUGUAGAGUUGGUACACUCGAAUGAUGUGGUUAUUCCGCUCAAACGAUCAAUUUUGAAUCGCUUUCUGGGUAACAAAACUGAUUUGGCCUUUUUCCAUGGGCGCAAGUUUAAAGUAGGCUGGAGCUUCCCAACAUCAUUGGUACAACUUAAUACCAGUGAAAAUUGUUCCCAACUGAAAAAAAGGCAGCUCCUUCCCAUUGCUGAUUUACAUGGCUUCUUCCGAGGGCGGUCCACGCAGGAUUACUCUCCGGCAGUUUUACAGAUGCUACAAAUCCGCUCAUCGGAAGAAUUGGUUGACUUCCAAAAGACAGUUGAAGAUCACCUCAAGAUAGAGUUGAAAUACGACGAAGUUCGAAAAACAAAUAGCAGUGAUUGCCCGUACUACGUAGCUGGUGGCAAGCAUGCUGGUUUGGCUGAUCAUUUCGAAACUGCUAAAAUGAUUGCGGAUGGGGCUGAUGGAGAUCACGAAACGAUCUGCGUUGAAGUUUGGUCCCUCUGUGCUGCUCUUUGGGGUGCUCGAGAGGAACUGGAGGAUGUUGAUGAGAACGCCCAUUUGAGCGUCAUGUUUCGACGAGACCUAUUCUCCGAAUGGAUUGAAACAGUCGUAACAGAGACUUCGUCGAAGGAACUAGCUGCUGCUCUACAAGGAAAAAAACAGGACUAUUUGGAUCAAUUGCUGGAACUCAUCUACACCCACAAAAUAUUGGACGCUUGCGAACUAGCCUUUGAAAAUGACGAUAUAAACCUUUCAAUGUUACUGGCGCAGAUUUCCGGAGGACCGACGGUUCGCCAACUAAUUCAACACCAGCUUAGCUCGUGGCAGGACGUCGAGGCAGAUAGUUUUAUUGAUGUUCGCCGGUUGAAACUGUUCAUGUUGAUCGCUGGUCUCCCGCUAUUAUCGUCCACUCACGGCACUAUUAAUAUAUUCGAACAGCUGCACUGGUUAAAAUCCCUGGCUCUUCACCUUUGGUACUUGUGCUCUCCAACUGCUUCAAUUACCGAUGCGCUGAUCUACUAUGAAUCAUCGUUUCAAGCCAACGAAUUUUUCGCUCUGCCACCUACUCCGAGCUACGCCUCGAGGACACUAAUCAACAGUUCGAAACCUAUUCAUGAUAUUCGGUUCCACUUGCUGAAGCUUUACUCUAAAAGGUCACACCCACUGGAAGCUUUGCUGAACCCAGCCACGCACACACCCGACCCGCUGGAUUAUCGUCUUUCUUGGUUUCUGAUGCAAACAUUGGAAACACUUGGUUAUCGUCACUGCUCCGAGUUAUCGCGUAGUCAGCUUCAUUUAUCUUUUGCGAAUCAGCUGGAAAAUCACGGCAUGUGGCACUGGGCUAUCUAUGUGUUGUUGCAUCUAAACGACCAAUCUAGACGAGAAUUGAGCAUACAGGAUCUGCUUUACCGGCACAUUGAACUGUCUACCGAAGAAGACUACCUUGAGCGAGAACUUUUUGUCAUCGGCGAUCUGGGUAUUCCGGAGAAGUGGAUCUUCUGGGCUAAAGCCGUGCGAGCUGGAGCACAAUUUGACUAUCACCAACAGGCCUGUUUCCUGCUUAAGGCCAAGCAAUGGUCGAAGGCACAUGAAGUUAUCAUGGAACACAUUGCACCGGAUUGUGUGAUUAACGAUGAUGUUCCGUAUCUAAAGUCAUUACUUAAUGAAUUCGAAGAUGUAAAACAAAUUUCUAAUUGGUCUACCAAGGGGCAAAUUUUGCGGGACUUCAUAGACCUCAAUGAAAAGUUUGAUCUUAUCCGAGAUGCUAUUGACGACGAUGUAGCCGAAGCGCGGUUAGAGGAACUGAAACCAAAAUUGUCGGACCUGUGCUCGGUAAUCAAGAUGUUCCCCUGUCCGACACCAAAGCAUCGUCUGUGUCAAAGUGAAAUUGCCCAACGUUUAGCUUAUCUAAUCCGGUCGUUCUUCAGCCAAGACCCACGGAUAAACAGCUGUGCUUUGAUGCGCAGCGCCCUUGAAAAGCUUCCGCUACCGCAAGAAUAUGCUCUAGAGGAACUGAGGCAUAUGCUGAACGCCUUUCUGACAGAGGACCUCCGGAAGCAGGUCUAAUAAAAAAGGUGCAUCGUAAACGUGCAGAGUGAAGCAACAGUUUGAUUUAAUAUGAAUUCCCAUUAAAGAUGCAGCACUACUUGAUAAACAGUGUAUUCAGAAAUAUAGAAAACAAUAUCCGUAAAUGUUAAUAGUUGCGUUUAAUUAAUCGUAUUAUGCCUGAAAGACAACUAAUGCUAUACUAAUAUCGCAGUGAACUAUGCAAAUGCACUAUAUUUGUAAGGUUUUCAAUUAUGUUUAUGUUGAAAAUAGUGGUCAUGAAAUAUAGUAUAUUA